UUACAAACAAUUAAAAUGGGCGAUACCUAUUCAAUCGUUUUCAUAACGUCAAUUGUUUCAUUUGCUGUAAGUGUUGUGUCCAAUUAUACAGUGGACACUCAAUUUUCGGUAAGCAUUGUUAAUAUUUCCCAAAUGCCUGGACACUUUAUAACAGAUUCGGACCAUAUUGACCAUUCCGAUGUUGUUACAAAAUUUCUUGAACUGGUUGAGCAGUAUGAACAAAAUAAGUACAACUGUACGACUGGUACUAAUUUUACUCUUGGAGAUGGUGUUAUAAAACAAUACGGAAAAAAGCGCUUUAAAGCACAGGCUCUCGUUGCAGUAAAUAGAGCAAACUUUCUAACUCGUAUAUGGAAAGAUGCAGAUAAGAACAUUCUAUCAUCGGAAAACUUUUUCUUCUCGGCAGUCAGGUCCAUGUUAGAAGGGGACCCCGAAUUGUUUGCUGCUGGGAAUUGUUACGAUAAACAGGAAUUUAAAAACUAUAGACUGUUUUGUCCUUAUUCCCAUAGAACAGAAGAUGGGAGACUGAAUGUGAAGGAUUUAUCUGUGGAAUAUGAUUAUCUUGGAAAUGAUUCAGAAUGGUUUUAUUCAGCACGAGUAAAAGCGAGCAAGUUGGAAAACUUCAACUACACUAUAGGUUAUAUACAGCCUCGUUAUAACGGUACUCACCACGACGAACGCAUAAUUGAUCGAGUGAUAUCGGUAACAUACGAACAUGGACACUGGAGCAAACCAUAUUUUGAUUGUGGAGGUGGAAAUAUCUGGAUGAUGACGUAUACAGUUCCAUUUUUUGGUUAUAAAAAUGGAACUUUCAAAUUUAAAGGGACGAGUGGGAUCGACAUUGACUUACAAAAAGUUGAUAUCGACCAGUGUCCUAAUAUACCAGGGAGUACCGAACGGAACGUUUUUGCUGGUUCAGCUAAAUGUAAACAGGAGACCACAAGGUGUGUUCCGAUAGAGGGCCUCGGAUUUCGUCGAGGAUCUUAUAAGUGUGUUUGUAAGGACGGUUACUACUUUCCAGAUAUAUCUGCUAGUCCAAGAUACUACAAUGGUUCUGAGAUAGAGGCAGAAUUUGCCAAGAAAGAGAGGGGAGAGCUUACUAGGUAUGAUACAUUUGUAUGUGAACCAUGUGCUGUUGGAUGUGACACGUGUGAAGACGGAAGUCCAUGUAUUCUGUCACUUGAUUGGUUGACGAGAAGUCUGUUACUUGGAAUAUCAUGUAUCGUAAUGUGCUGUAUCCCACUUUUGAUAUGGUUUUCAGUGCAGUAUAGAGAUGUCAAGGUAAUGAAAGCUGCUAGUCCAGUAUUAUUACGUCUGAUUGUACUAGGUGCAUUUUUCUUAUAUUGUCCAUUGAUUACUGGAUAUUUUGAAGCAAGUGUGCUGACAUGUAUACUACGGUGCUGGUUUAGGGAAAUUGGUUUCUCUAUAUCAUAUGGUGCUCUUUUGUUGAAGACAUGGAGGAUUUCAGUUGUAUUUCGAGUGCGAUCUGCACAGCGAGUGAAAAUAUCAGAUACAGAUUUGAUCAAAAGACUUUUACUUAUAAUAUUUGUAUUUGCUGCAUAUUUAACAGCCAGAACAAUAGCAGGACCACCACAAGUUGUAGAAGGUAAACAUUAUAAUGAGUUAAAGGCCUUCCAGUGUUCAGCAGAUUGGUGGGAUCAUUCGGCUGCUAUUGCUGAACUAUUGUUCCUGAUAUGGGGAAUACGACUAUGUAUUGUCGUAAGAAAAGCCCCAUCUGAAUUCAACGAAAGCAGAUUUAUCAGUUGGGCUAUUUAUAACGAGACUCUGUUAUCAUUAUUUCUUAAUGUAUCGAUGAUAUUUUUACAGCAUCCUUUUCCAUCGAACCCUGAUUUGGUAUAUUUAGUAAUAUUUAUUCACACACAGCUAACAACGACAGUUACACUUGCCUUCUUAUUUGGAAGCAAAGCUUACCAUAUAUAUAGAAGAGGGAAAAAUGAUGAAAAUUCCCACACAACAAUGAUAAGUAAAGGUGGUUCAAAGAAGAGUAAAUCACCAAAUAAUACAUAUAACACAAAUCUAUUGAACAAUUCAAAUAACAUUAGCUAUUCUGACAAAGUGGACGAUGCAGAAUGUGAAAGUUUAUUAGAGAAAGAUAUUCAGGAGGAAUUUAGAAGACUGUAUACCCAAUUAGAAUAUUUAAAACAAAGGAAUAUGAAAAUAGGAAACCGACAUUUACAGCACAAGUUGUCGGCAAUGACAGAAGCAGCACAAAAAGACACCCCGAAUUCAGUACCAGCUUCUCCGGCCAUUAACGGCAAGAGAGUGAUGAUAAAUCUCGAUAUAUUCAAGGAAUCAACAGAUUUAUAGCUUUCUAAUACGUUGCCUUCGCUUUCGCAAAUUGUGAAGAAUUUAUGCCGAAAAAAACUAUGAGGAA